AUGGCCCUGAACGGUACAGAAGUCGACGAUUUCUCCUGGGAACCUCCGACCGAAGCGGAGACGAAGGUGCUGCAAGCUCGGCGGGAGCGGCAGAACCGCAUCUCCUCGCUCAUGGGCGAUUACCUGCUGCGUGGCUACCGCAUGCUGGGCGACACGUGCGCGGACUGUGGGACCAUCCUCCUCCAAAACAAACAGCGGCAGAUCUACUGCGUGGCUUGUCAGGAGCUCGACUCAGACGUGGAUAAGGACAAUCCGGCUCUGAAUGCCCAGGCUGCCCUCUCCCAAGCUCGGGAGCACCAGCUCGCCUCUGCCCCGGACCUCCCCUCAGGCACUCGGCCCGCCCCUCAGCCCCCAGUGCCCCGCCCAGAGCACUGUGAGGGAGCCGCGGCUGGGCUCAAGGCAGCCCAGGGGCCGGCCCCUCCUGCUGGGCCCCCAAAUGCAGACGUCAUGGCCAGCACCCGGGAGGCCCUCCUGCAGAAGCUGGCCUGGGCCUCAGCCGAAUUGGGCUCUAGCGCCUCCCUGGAGGCCAGCAUCCAGCUGUGUGGCCUCAUCCGGGCUUGUGCCGAAGCCCUGCAAAGCCUGCAGCAGCUGCAACACUGA